AAAGAAAAAUAGUGGUCAGUCAAGACUGAAGAGAGAAGAUGCUUGUGGAAAAGAGUCAGAAAUACAUGAAAGCUUUAGAGAAAGAAGAAAGUCCAGAAGAACAUCCCACCAGCAAGGUAUUUUAGUUGUGGAGAGAGUCAGCAGGUCUGGAGGCAGAGAGCAGACAGACAGCAACCUGGAGACUUCUAGAGCAAGAAGAGAAAAGAGAUGACUCUGCCGAGUGCGACUUUGAGGCAGAGUGUGAGCAAGAUGAGCCCUGAGCAUCUACAAGCACUUCAUCUGAACCGCCAGAUAUCUCCAAGAGUAGAGAUCAUCCACCUGUGCAGCCACUCUUAACAACAUAUCCAAAGACACUGAUGGGGGACAGGAAGAGGAGCUUCAAAGCAGAAUGACUCCUCCUCUUCAGAUGUGAAACUAUUAAAACAGGAUCCAUUUUGUGACGAGCAGGAAAUUACACAACGAGAGAAACAGAGAAAAAGUUUGACAGUUUUUGUUCCACUGAAUCGUCUGAAACAAUCAAUAAAUUCAUUGUGAAGUAUUUUGUAGGUGAUAUUCUAGUCAGUAAAGAGGAACAUCAACAGUUCCUGACAGGUGUUCAGUGGACUGUUCAGAUGAUGUCAUGGACUCCACAAAGGAUCUCAGUGGACAGACAUACACAGGGAAGGUCAAGAGUGUCAUUCAUGGAGAAUCUCCUGAAUCCAGCUGUGUGUCCAUGAAGAGUGACCGGUCAAUGGAAGAACCACUUAAAUUCAGUUCAGGAGCCCCUUGUGCUGAUGUGAGUGUCAUUCAUGGAGAAUCUCCUGAACCCAGCUGUGUGUCCAUGAAGAGUGACGGGUCAAUGUAUCGUCCAAUUACCUUCAGUUCAGGAGAGUCUUUGAUCAACUACAGAAACAAACAGGAUGAAUCAGAGUCAACUGCUGGGAAAGUGCCAUUGGACUCCAUUUUUGAGGAACUUGAGCACAAAAUCAUCUCUCUGAUGAAGAAAGAGCUGAAGAGUUUCAAGAGACUACUGAUCUCAGAUUCCCCAGCAUGCUCUGAGAGAGAGGAGGAGGAUGAUGAAGGUCAGAGCAGAGUCAGAGAGGGGUUUCUGAAGAUCACACUGCACGUCCUGAAGAAGAUGAAGCAGACAGACCUCGCUAACACACUUCAAACCAAACUGAUUUCUGUGCAUCAACAAAAACUCAAAACAAAACUAAAAGAGAAAUUCCAGAGAAUUACUGAAGGAAUGUCAAAUCAAAGCAGCUCAACACUUGUGAAUGAGAUCUACACAGAGCUGUACAUCACAGAGGGAGGGAGUGCAGAGAUCAAUAAUGAACAUGAGGUGAGACAGAUUGAGACAGCUUCCAGGAGAGCAGAGACACAGGAAACACCAAUCAAAUGCAAUGACAUCUUUAAAGCCUUACCUGGACAACACAAAGCCAUCAGAACUGUGCUGACUAAAGGAGUCGCUGGAAUUGGGAAAACUGUCUCUGUGCAGAAGUUCAUUGUGGACUGGACUGAAGGAAAAGCAAAUCAGGAUGUUCACUUCAUAUUUCCACUUCCUUUCAGAGAGCUCAAUCUGAUGAAGCACAAAAAUAUCAGUCUUAUGGAUCUUCUUCAUCAGUUUUUCACAGAUACAAAAGAACUGAGAGAAUUGAAAACAUUCCUUGAUGACUACAAAGUAAUUUUCAUUUUUGAUGGUCUGGAUGAGUGUCGACUUCCUCUAGAUUUCCAGAACAAUGAUAUUUUGUGGGAUGUGACAGAAUCGGCCUCAGUGGAUGUGCUGCUGACCAACCUCAUCAAGGGGAAUCUGCUUCCUUCUGCUCUGCUCUGGAUCACCUCUCGACCAGCAGCAGCCAAUCAGAUUCCUCCUGAGUGUGUUGACCAGCUCACAGAUGUACGAGGCUUCAAUGACCCUCAGAAGGACGAGUAUUUCAGGAAGAGAAUAAAAGAUGAGCGUCUGGCCAACAGAAUCAUCACACACAUGAAAUCAUCAAGAAGCCUGUACAUCAUGUGUCACAUACCAGUCUUCUGUUGGAUUUCAGCCACUGUUCUCCAGAGACUGUUGAGUGAAGCAGAGAGUGCAGAGAUCCCCAAGACUCUCACUCAAAUGUUCACACACUUCCUGAUCUUUCAGAGCAAACUGAAGAGCCAGAAGUAUGAUGGGAAAUGUGAGGUGGAUCUUCAGCAGGCUAGAAAGAGGAUUCUGUCUCUGGGAAAACUGGCUUUUCAACAGCUGGAAAAAGGGAACCUGAUCUUCUAUGAGGAGGACCUGAGAGAGUGUGGCAUUGAUGUCAGAGAAGCGUCAGUGUACUCGGGAGUUUGUACCCAAAUCUUCAGAGAGGAGUUUGGACUGCACCUGGGGAAGGUGUUCAGCUUUGUGCAUCUGAGCAUUCAGGAGUUUCUCGCUGCUCUGUAUGCUUUUAUUUCCUUUUCUAAACAAACAUCAGGUCUCUUCAGUAUGUUUAGGUCAUCUAUGAGUGAUCUCCUGAAGAGUGAAGUGGACAAGGCCUUACAGAGUGAGAACGGACACCUGGACCUUUUUAUUCGAUUUCUUCUGGGUCUCUCACUGAUGUCCAAUCAGACAAUCUUACGAGACCUACUGACACAGACAGGAAGCAGCUCUGACAGCAAACAGGAAAUAGUUGAGUACAUUAAGAUGAAGAUCAGGGAGAAUCCCUCUCCAGAGAAAUCCAUCAAUCUGUUCCACUGUCUGAAUGAACUCAAUGAUCAUUCUCUAGUGCAGGAAGUACAAACAUAUGUGAACAGAAGAGAUAUCAAUCGUCUCUCUGGAGUCAGUCUCUCUCCUGCUCAGUGGUCAGCUCUGGUGUUUGUGUUGCUGAACUCAGAAGAGGAGCUGGAUCAGUUUAAUCUGAGGAAAUAUGAUUCAUCACACGAAUGUCUUCUGAGGCUGCUGCCGGUGAUCAAAGCAUCCAGAAAAGCAGAUUUGAUGGGCUGCGAUCUGACAGAGCAAAGUUGUUCAGCACUGGCCUCAGUUCUCAGCUCAAACUCCUCAAGUCUGAGAGAGCUGGACCUGAGUAACAAUGACCUGCAGGAUUCAGGAGUGAAGCUGCUCUCUGAUGCACUGAAGAGUCCUCACUGUACAGUGGAAAUACUGAGAUUUGCAGCUUGUAGAUUCACUUAUCAGUGUUGUGAAAGUUUGUCUUCAGUUCUACAAUCAUCAAAAUCCCUUAGACAGCUGGACCUGAGUAACAAUGACCUGCAGGAUUCAGGAGUGAAGCUGCUAUCUGAUGCACUGAAUAGUCCUCACUGUAUACUAGAAACACUGAUAUUUGCAGAUUGUAGAUUUACUGAUCAGUGCUGUGAAAGUUUGUCUUCAGUUCUACAAUCAUCAAAAUCCCUUAGAGAGCUGGACCUGAGUAACAAUGAACUGCAGGAUUCAGGAGUGAAGCUGCUCUCUGAUGCACUGAAGAGUCCUCACUGUAUACUGGAAAUACUGAUAUUUGCAGCUUGUAGAUUCACUGGUCAGUGCUGUGAAAGUUUGUCUUCAGUUCUACAAUCAUCAAAAUCACUGAGAGAGCUGGACCUGAGUAACAAUGACCUGCAGGAUUCAGGAGUGAAGCUGCUCUCUGAUGCACUGAAGAGUCCUCACUGUACACUGGAAAUACUGAGAUUUGCAGCUUGUAGAUUCACUGAUCAGUGCUGUGAAAGUUUGUCUUCAGUUCUACUAUCAUCAAAAUCCCUUAGAGAGCUGGACCUGAGUAACAAUGACCUGCAGGAUUCAGGAGUGAAGCUUCUCUCUGAUGCACUGAAGAGUCCUCACUGUACACUGGAAAUACUGAGAUUUGCAGCUUGUAGAUUCACUUAUCAGUGCUGUGAAAGUUUGUCUUCAGUUCUACAAUCAUCAAAAUCUCUUAGAGAGCUGGACCUGAGUAACAAUGACCUGCAGGAUUCAGGAGUGAAGCUGCUCUCUGAUGCACUGAAGAGUCCUCACUGUAUACUAGAAAUACUGAGAUUAUCUGGCUGUAUGAUGACAGAGGAAGGCUGUUGUUCUGUGGCAUCAGCUCUGAGAUCAAAUCUCUCACGCCUGAAAGAGCUGGAUCUGAGCUACAAUCACCCAGGAGAAUCAGGAGUCAAGCUGGUCUCUGAAAGACUCAACGAUCCAAACUGCACACUGGACAAACUUAAUGUGGAUGAUGGAGGAGAGUUCAGGAUUACAGCAGGACCACGCAAAUAUGUCUGUGAUCUCACACUGGAUUCAAACACAGCACACACUGAACUCAUUCUGUCUGAGGGGAACAGGAAGGUGACACAUGUGGAAGAGCGUCAGUCAUAUCCUGAUCAUCCAGAGAGAUUUGAUGUGUAUCAUCAGGUUCUGUGUAGAGAGAGUCUGACUGGACGCUGUUACUGGGAGACUCAAUGGAGUGGAGAUGUUGCUGUUAUAUCAGUGUCAUAUAAAGAAAUCAGCAGGAAAGGAGAGAGUUAUGACUGUGCGUUUGGAUUCAAUGUAAACUCCUGGAGUCUGUACUGCUCUAAUAACAGAUUCACUGUCUGUCACAAUAAUAACAGCAGUGUCAUACGUCCCCCUUCACACGACUGUAAGAGAGUAGGAGUGUAUGUGGACUGUCCGGCCGGCACUCUGUCCUUCUACAGCGUCUCUGACACACACACACUCACACACUUACACACACUCAUCACCACAUUCACUCGACCCCUCUAUGCUGGAUUUAGAGUAGUUUAUCCUGAUUCCUCAGUGUGUGUGUGUGAAAUUGAUCAUCAGAGACACACACACACAACUGGAUGAGUGAAAUAUACUCACUGUAUCUCACAUCAACACAACUCCAAACUCUUUCUAGAAAUCAUUUCAUCAAUGAAACUGAUUGAAUUCAAUACAAUGACAGUACUUUGUGUCUCACUGUGAUGUGAUUGAACUUAUUUACUAUCAGAUUCAAUAAUAAAAAUAAUGAUUUGAAAUGAAUAAAUGAGUCUAUAUAUGAACUCUUUAUUAAACACACGGCACAUUCAGAUACUCAUUGUUUUAUUUAUACUAAAUAAACAUUUACAAAUACAGAAUUCUUGUGAUUUUUCUACAGUAUAUAAAUCUUAAUACUUAACAGACAAUUCUAGAAAAAACAGCUUCACACUUUUGCAUUCAUAAAUGGAUUUAUAAGAACUAAUUACAGGAUCAUUUAAAGUUGGUGUAAAUUUGACAGAUUUUAAGAGUUCACUCU